UCCGCCAAAUUUUAUUUCGAAGGCAAAUCUCGGAAGUCGCUUCCGUCCGCCGGCGCGCGCUCCCGCGGUGUUUUUAGGCGCGCUCGGCAUCCCGGUGAGCAGCCUGUCAUCCCCGCUGACGUCACAGAGGAUUUGCCACAAUGUCAAACGCCGCCACGACGAGCAUCCUCGAGUGCUCAACCUCUGCAUCUGCGUUUUACCUCGUCACUUCAUCCUCGCCAUGUGUUUGAGGUCUAUGUGAAUGUCAGAGCCAGGUCAGAGGUCAUGCUGAGGAGGGAAUCUGACUCUCAAGGCUUCUUUUCCUCUGGAGAGACGUCCAACAAUGACUGUGAGAUGGGGGCGAGCUGCGGUGAUGCGGAUGCGAUGUGUGUGUGCGAGGUCGGUCCUUGUACACUCUAUUCAGAAGCACACACGCCCACGCCGGACACCAGACUGUGUGAACACUGUGGGAGGAGCAGGCGGGUUCUAACUAGGUACUCGGAGGGAUACGGCACUGAGGAGGAGUGUGUGUUGUCUGACCCUCAGGGAGAGAGUGAUGCAGAUGCUGAUAUCGAAGACACAGAUUCCAGACUGCAGGAGCCUGGUUCGCUGCAGCGGAUCAGCUCACGGCGACGGAAACGGCCGCGCGUGGCACGACAAGACACCACUGAGAGUGAGGACGACGGCGGACGCAGUCACCGAUCGCAUCGCUGGAACCUGAGACUGAGUCCAGACAGGGCAAACAGCAGAACAAUUCUGGAGGAAAGCAUAUCCCAGGUGAGGCCGCUGGUCAUCUGCAGGACAAAUGCAGACAAGCAGAAAAGUCCGGAGGAGAAGGGCCAAUUCUUCAAAGGCCUGAUGUCACUGUGGCCGCCAACCUACUCCCUUCUAUUCGUCCUCCUGCUCCUCCUCCCUCUGUCGCUCUCUCUCGUCCUUGUUUUUGUGUCUUUCUUUCUCCCCUGGGCCAGCGCUUGACCAAAUGUCUGACCUAGUACAACAACUCAAGGGAACCUUCGUAGAGCUCUUUAUUAAAGCUUUGACUAUUUGUGUACAAUGAAGCAACACUAGCAGCUAGACAAAUCCAAGAGUUCUGGACGAGAAAGCACAACCGUACUGCACGCACGAUCGAAUAUCUAGUUAGAAAAUUCAAGGGAGGACUGACUGUGACUUCUUCUGUUUCUCACUGUUUUAUCGUUCUGUCAAUCUCUAGCAGCGUGCAAUGUCACAUGACAGAGUCAACUCUGCUCCCAGAGGAAUGUCUUGUUUCAGAAAAACCAAAACACAAUCAUUAAUCCCUUAAAGGCUUUCGCUUGGUUGAUUCUGUGACUGGGUGCAUCAUCAACAUUUUCACUCGAGUUUUCUUUACAUUCACAUGUUCGACUGAACAAAUGCACUCGCGCUCACUUGAGCAUUUAAUCGAGUUCAUUUAAGGCAAUCACAACAUGACCCCGUGUUUAUCUGCUCUAAUAUUUCCCCCUCCCUCGUCGUCUCAUUUUUAAAAAUAGCACUUCUCAUCUGGUUCCUUCCACCAACAAGCUACCGCAGGAGAGAGACCGUGUGGGAACAUUAGCAGGUCAGGUUGAAGGUGACGGUGCUCAACUAUGCAAACCCUUCCUCCCCCGGUGUGUGUGAGUCAUAGAUUUGCGAAAGGUUUUGUCUUUGCUGACCUCGGCGUGGAUGCUGCCGUCUGGGCCCCUGGUUCCUUCUGGACCACCGGAUCUGUAGUAGGACGCGAGCCCAUGUACAAAGCAAUAGAAGAGAUGGCUUGUGAUGUUUUUAGUGUUUUGUUCCACUCAGCCGACCUCAAUCCUCAGUGUUGAAACGCAGUCUGAACAACCUUUCUUGUCGCGUUUAUUUAUCAAACAAACAAACAUGAACUGGACAAUCAGUCAUGCUUCUCAUUUCAAGUGGCAAUAACAGGAAGAAGCCUUUUCUGGCGUCUCUGUCUUAUAUGUUUUAUGUUUCGUCCAUUUUUGUGUCAUUUUUAUUGAGUAUUCUGUCGAGAUGCAUUGGUUGCAUUCUCACAAAGGAACCUCCUUGUCUGUAGAGUCAAAAACAAAGUUGUAUGUGGUUGGUCAUCAGUGUGCCGGUCAAAGUUCAAUAAAAU